AGCAAAGUAUUCCCUCUGCCAGGUGUGUGUAAUUGAAAGCACUCAUUUCCUUUCUUUAACAUUUUUAUUUUCCUCUCUUCUCUCCUCUCACCUAAUCGGUUAGAAACUUUCAGAAAAUCAAUCCUUUCCUUUGCAUCAUCACACCUUCAUCUAUAUAUAUCUAGUCAUUCACUUCCAAUAGUAAACACAUCAAAAUUGAACCAAGAAAAGAAAAGCGAUAAUAAUCAUGGCGGUCGUCAAAGUUCAUGGCGCCCCACUCUCCACCGCCUUCCAACGAGCUGUGGUUUGCCUCUACGAGAAGGAGGUCGACUUCGAAGUUGUCCCCGUCGACAUGCGAGCUGGAGCCCAUAAACAAGAACCUUUCAUUUCUCUCAACCCAUUCGGUCAAGUUCCAGCUCUUGAAGAUGGAGAUUUACAGCUCUUCGAAUCGAGGGCAAUUACGAAGUACAUAGCGGAGGAAUACGCAGAAAAGGGGACACAAUUGAUACCGUUUGACUCGAAGAAGAAGGCGAUUGCAUCAGUUUGGAUGGAGGUGGAAGCCCACCAAUUCGAACCAGUGACAUCAAAAUUGGCGUGGGAGAUCAUAUUCAAACCCAUGUUUGGAAUGACCACAGACCCGGCUGCUGUGGAAGAGAACGAGGCUAAAUUGGUGAAGGUUCUAGAUGUGUAUGAGAUUCGGCUAUCCAAAUCCAAGUACAUGGGUGGCGAUUGCUUCACCUUGGCCGAUCUUCAUCACCUUCCUAACUUACAGUGCUUGUUGGGAACAAGUAAGAAGAGCCACUUUGAGUGUCGCCCCCAUGUCAAGGCUUGGGUGGCUGAUAUAACUGCAAGGCCAACUUGGGCUAAGGUUCUUGCCAUGCUCAAACACUAGGCUAGAUCAGGUUAAUUAGUACUGUGCGGAUUUGGUCAUUGAAUAAAAGUGUUGUGGGGGAAAUUAAUGUAAUUGAGCUUGAGUCGUCAGUGCCUUACAUUCGUUCUUGUCAUGAUGAUGUUGGAUUUGCUCUUUUGUUAUGCUUCAAUUUAGUUGUUGAAGAGGGUUAUGCUUGUGUUUGUCACUUUAUCCUUUAUGAAUAAUAAUGUUCUCUAUUGUGUUUA